AUGGAGAAGAUCAUCUUCUACGAGGACAGGAACUUCCAGGGUCGAUUUCACGAGUGUGAUAAUGACUCCAGCGACCUGCACACAUACUUCACCCACUGCAACUCCAUCCGAGUUGAGGGAGGAUUCUGGGUCAUUUACGAGAGACCGAAUUACAUGGGCAGCCAGUAUGUGCUGACCCCAGGAGAGUACCCAGACUACCAGCGCUGGCUGGGCAUCAAUGACACCAUCAGGUCCUGUCGCAUUAUUAGAAACGUGGGUAACUCAUGGAGGCUGAAGGUUUGGGAAAAGCCAAACUUUGAAGGCCAGUCUCUCGAGGUUGCAGACAACAUGCCCGUCUUCCACGAGCGCUGGCACAGCCGCGAGGUCCACUCCUGCAAGGUGUUCGAAGGCGCCUGGAUUUUCUACGAGCAGCCCAACUACAGGGGACGCCAGUACCUGCUGGAGAGGGGCGAGUACAGGCGGCACACUGAGUGGGCGGGCGUGCAGCCCAUUGUUGGAUCCAUCCGCCGGCUUAAGGAACAUUAG